CAUGUAAUCUUCCUUUUAGUCCCUCCUUAAUUCCAAGUGAGUGAAAGGAAAACCACAAAGCUGUCAUUUGAGAUCUUGCUUCCUGGCAAUUGUCCUCAGUUUUGGCUCAAAUAAACGCAGAAAAAAUUCCCUACAGGUUUGGACAUUUUUAUGUCAACAUCAGUACUGGCUCCAAAAGUGGACUUUUGCUCCAGAACUUCCUUCUAUAAAUUCUUAUGUACACAUUACAUCUCACUGUGAAGUAUGUGGAUCCCCAACCACCUGGGAAUGGAAAGCCAGAAGGAGGUCAGCAAGUAGAGGCAGCGAGGAUUUGCCAUAGACUGAGGAGGGCGGAGCAGUCACAGCCUCUUGGUUACCUUGGUAGCCACAGAAUAAAUUUAUUAUAGCACUGAAGCAAAAAACUCAGGCAUAUCCAUUUGCAAACUGAACUAUAAUAACACCAUCCAAAAUAAAAUAUAAAAAUAAAAUGGUCCUUGGACUUCAGCAUGAUGACUUCUCAGCUGCUGACUUGUGUGGCAAUUUCAGUUUUCUGUGUCUUAAAAGCCAGCUCCCUGGACACCUUUAUUGCAGCUGUUUAUGAGCAUGCAGUGAUUUUGCCGAAUGUCACCCUCGCACCAGUGUCCCGUGAAUUGGCAUUGGGGUUAAUGAACAGAAAUCUGGACCUUUUGGAGGAAGCAAUCACAUCAGCAGCAAAACAGAACAAUCACAGAGAACAGAGCAUGGUUAAUAUUUCUGCCCCUAACAUGAAGGGUGCACAUAUUAUUGUGACUCCAGAAGAUGGUCUUUAUGGCUGGAACUUCAAUAGAGAAUCUAUCUACCCAUACCUGGAAGAUAUCCCAGACCCUCAAGUGAACUGGAUCCCUUGUAAUCAUCCCAACAGAAUUGAAGCAAAUGAUGGGAAAAACUAUCAAAUGGUCACUUAUAUAAAUGCAUUAAAAUUUGGCCACACCCCAGUGCAAGAAAGACUCAGCUGCCUGGCCAAGGAAAACUCUAUCUAUGUUGUGGCAAAUAUUGGGGACAAGAAGCCGUGCAAUGCCAGCGACCCCCAGUGUCCUUCUGAUGGCCGUUACCAAUACAACACUGAUGUGGUGUUUGACUCUCAAGGAAAACUGGUGGCACGCUACCAUAAGCAAAACCUUUUCUUGGGUGAAGAUCAAUUCAAUGUACCCAAGGAGCCUGAAGUUGUGACUUUCGACACCACCUUUGGAAGGUUUGGCAUUUUCACAUGCUUCGAUAUACUCUUCCACGAUCCUGCUGUGGCCCUGGUGAAAGACUUCCAUGUGGACACCAUUCUGUUUCCCACAGCGUGGAUGAAUGUUUUGCCCCUAUUGUCAGCUAUUGAAUUCCACUCAGCUUGGGCUAUGGGCAUGAAGGUCAAUUUCCUUGCAUCAAAUAUACAUCACCCCUCAAAGAAAAUGACAGGAAGUGGCAUCUAUGCACCUGAUUCUCCAAGAGCAUUUCAUUAUGAUAUGAAGACAGAGAAGGGAAAACUCCUUCUCUCAGGAUUGGAUUCCCACCCAAAGCACCCAGUCGUGGUGAAUUGGACUUCUUAUGCUAGUGGAAUAGAAGCAUUCUCAACGAGAAACAAGGAGUUUAAGGGCACUGUCUUUUUUGAUGAAUACACCUUCGUGGAGCUCAGAGGAGUCACAGGAAAUUAUACAGUUUGUCAGAAAGAUCUCUGUUGUCAUCUAAGCUACAAGAUGUCUGAGAAGAGAGCAGGUGAAGUGUAUGCCCUAGGGGCAUUUGAUGGAUUACAUACUGUUGAAGGGAGCUACCAUUUACAGAUUUGCACUCUUCUGAAGUGUAAAACAACGAGCUUACACACUUGUGGUCACGCAGUUGAAACUGCUUCCACCAGGUUUGAAAUGUUCUCCCUCAGUGGCACGUUUGGAACCCAGUAUGUCUUUCCUGAGGUGCUGCUGAGUGAAAUUCAGCUUGCACCUGGAGAAUUUCAGGUGUUGAGUGAUGGACGCUUGCUGAGCCUGAAGCCACCAUCUGGACCUGUCUUAACAGUAACUCUGUUUGGGAGGGUGUAUGAGAAGGACCACAAAUCCAAUGCUUCAUCAGACUUCAUGGCAUACACACUAACAAUAAUGCUCAUAGUUAUAACACCUAUACUAUACUCAUUAAGUUGGUAGAAUUUUUACAUUUUCUUUAUUUUAUCUUGAAUAAUUUAAAAAAUGAUGGAUGGAUGCAUGGAUGGAUGGAUGAAAAAAGAUGGGUCUGGUAUACCAAAUAUAUAUAUUUAGAUACCUGCCCCCCCCAAAUCCAUUCCAGACCAUAUAGAUCAGAUAUAUAAUGACAGCAUUUUAGAAAGGUAAAUUCUAUAAAAUGAGGAUAACAGUUAUACCGACCUUUUAGGUUUUUUUUGGUGAGAUUGUUUUGAGUGCAUAUAGUUUUCAAUGGUUCAGCCACCCUGCAUAUUUCAAUUAGAAAAUUAAUGAAUUCAACAUCAGCUAAUUGUCUUUGACCUGGUGUCUAGCACUGAAGUAUCCCAGAAGGCAGCUGAGCUUACAUCUAGUAGGCCUUCAUGUUUUUGUUUUUCAUUGGUGACUUACUGCUUAUUUACUGCUUAUCUUGUCAGCCCAUAAGCAUAUUAAUAGGGUGGCGCUAGUGCAGACAUUUACCAAAUCUGACCUGCUACCUGUUUUUGUGUGGCCUGUGAGCUAUGAAAGGUUUUUAUGUUUCUAAAUGGUUGAAAAAUAAAAUCAAAAGAAGAAGA